AUGUCCAAGGCGCCCAAGAACAAGAAGACUGCGGUGCACUAUCAGCCGUACCAAGCGCUUGGCACCUGUGAUGAAGCAGAGCUGUCUAUGGAUCUCCAUAUGUCGGACGUCUCGCUGCAGCUGGACCCCGUGCUCUCCGGUCUGUCGUCGAAUAUGAGCCGCAACUUGUGGGACGAUUGGAACGAAGACGACGUCCACUUGGGCACGAAGUUUGACAUGUACAUGGACGAUGUAAAGAGUUCAAUAGACUCGACAGUCGCUCCACAUUCCAUUCUGCACGCAUCGAGUAGUCUCAACGAUAACGGGAGCUUUGAGCAGCAGUACCAGCAGAACGCAGUGGCCAACACAAUACAUGCGGAUCAUUCGCACGCACUUGAUGGAUCACUCGCUCGCGCUUCAGUGGAUCAGCACAACGUACGGGUGAAUAUGCAGAGGUCACUAAGUGAUGACAUUGUCAAUAUGCUAGACGACGCCAACGAGACGACGUUUUCCAAGCAAUUGGGAGCUGUGCCGCGUUACACCAAUGGGGACACGCAGAGGAUGUUGUUUGGUGUCGUAGCUGCGGAGCAGAAUACGACGGGAUUUCAGCAGCAAAAGCAGCAGCAACAUCUUAUGCAAAUGCAGCACGACCAGCAAUGUCAGCAACAGAACUUCGGGCAACAGUAUUUUCAGCAAUUUAGUGCUCAGAACACUUCUAGCUGGAUGAACAACUUUGGAGGAGGAGAUCAGAUCCAUGCGACUACGAGCUUACCAGUUUCCGGAACCAAUAGUAACCCGUCUGGUUUCCGUCAUCAUUUGCAGUCAAUACACAUGACAGCUAUGGAUGAGGGUGCAGCUUUGCCGGACGCCCGCUACUCAGCACCUCGGGCUCCCACAACAGCAGAUGCCUCUUCGCCUCUUAUGCCUCGUGCAGAUUAUACUUCCCAGCAUGCCUCCAGCUUGGCCAGCCCUACUGACAAAGUUCGAGCAGCGAGUGCAAAAAGUAGCACUGCAUCUGCUAGUCAGAGUGCUAACAAAUAUGCCAGUGCUGCCAUGAAGACCACGGAUGUGGGUACAGACUUGAGCAACCACACUGCUGCCAAUGUGGCGAGUGUUUUGCCACAGCAAGCUAAUGGAAUCGGCACGCAAGGAGUUAUGAUGAAUCCGUUUAUGAUGUACUCGAUGAUGGGUUUGCAAGGAAUGAACAUGAUGGGAAUGCCCAUGCAAAUGCCCACAGGGAUGAAUAUGAAUGGAAUGAUGCCAGCUAUGCAGAUACCCACGGGAAUGAACACGAAUGGAGUGAGUGGCAUGAACGGAAUAAAUGGAAUGACGCCAGCCAUGCAAAUGCAAUUGCAGCUACAGUUGCAAAUGCAGAUUGCUCAGAUGGCACAGAUGAAUGGAAUGGGUCUGAUGCAGAUGCCCAUGGGUUUACCGGGCGUGCCGAUGAAUGCUAACAUGCAGACGCCCGUAAGUGUAAAUAUGCAGCAGCAACAACAAGUGGAUUCCCAUAGUGGGCUAUCCCAUGAUGUUGAAAUGACUUCACCAUUUUCUAUGGAAGUGCCUGUCGCUGGAGGUCCUACACAGAAGCCGGCCAGAACUGUGCAGUGGAAGGGUGCGCGUGGAGGACCAGGCUUUGUGAAUAUUGCUAGAAAGCCCGAAGAGUCGGAGGUGAGCAGCAUUUUGAAAUCUCUUAUGGAUGAAGAGGCCAAGAAGAAAGGCAAAAAGCUUGAGCGUAACCGCGACUCCGCACGAGAAAGCCGUAGAAAGCAGCAGACUUACGUGGAAACACUGGAAAAUGGCAUUAAAUGCUUACAGAUCAACCGCAACCUGGUUCGGUCGUAUCAAUGGGGUGUCAGCGGUCCAGAAUUCGACUCCGAGUCUCGUGCGACCUCAUCUCAAAUGUCUGACUGGGAGAAACAUGUCGAGGUCGUUACCGGGCGCACUGAAGCUUUCUCGAGAAUCCAAAAGCCUGCUAACUUUCAGUCUCUCAUGCAAAUUAAUCGACAGCGACGGACACUAUCAAUGCAACACAACGAGCGCGAACGUGCAGUAUGGAAGCGCUUUCGGCUUGUGGGACGCCAGCUUGCUGCGAUACGCACAAGUGUGUUACAGGUGCAGAUGCUGCGCACUUCUUCAGGAAACCCUCUGGCAGCGGAGUUGUAUUCGUUGCUGAAACUGUCAGCCAACCAAAAACGGCAGCUUCAGUGCCACGCACAGCAAAUCUUCAACGAGGAGAUUGUAGAGCUCACGAAAUUGUUUAAGAUCUUCUUCGCUUUGCGCAACGAAGCGCUUCGGCUGAACAUACUAUCCCCAUCACUAGAGCGCUACUUUCGCGAGACUUGCUCGUUCGACCAGCUGCAAAAGCUGCUACAAUGGACGGAAAAUCAUCGUCCCGUAAUCGAAUCCGAUCUCUCGAUUGAUGCAGUAUGA